AUGAAGGCUACAACGGCAGCGUCGGUUUUGGCCCUGAUCUGGGAGGGAGCUACAGCUCAAGACUACAACGCUGCACCCCCUGAUCUCGCGACUCUCCCCGCACUCUCUCUGUUUGAGACGUGGAGGCCGCAUACCCAUGUGCUCCCACCCGACGGCCAGAUUGGUGACCCAUGUGCACACUACACUGAUCCCGAGACAGGGUCCUUCCACGUCGGGUUCCUCCACAAUGGUACCGGAAUUGCCGCGGUCCUGACCAAUGAUCUUGUCCAUUAUUACGAUGUGAGACCUAAUGGCAACUACUCCAUCGUGGCUGGUGGUCCCAAUGACCCCCUUGCCGUUUUCGAUGGCUCUGUCAUUCCCAGUGGAGUGGACGGCAAACCGACACUUUUAUACACCUCCGUGUCGGCAUUGCCAAUCCACUGGACGCUUCCUUAUACUCGAGGAAGUGAAUCACAGUCUCUGGCGGUCACCUAUGAUGGUGGAAAGAACUUCACCAAGCUGGAUAUCCCGCCUGUUAUCCCUGAGCCACCAGCAGACCUGGAUGUAACGGGUUUCCGCGACCCCUACGUUUUCCAAAAUGCUGAACUCGAUCAAACCCUUGGCAGUGCCGAGGGUACGUGGUAUACCAUCAUUUCAGGCGGUAUCCAUGACGUCGGCCCUGGAAUGUUCCUCUACCAGAACACCAGCCCCGACUUCGAGCAGUGGGAGUAUCUUGGUGAAUGGUACCAUGAGCCUGCCAACUCAACAUGGGGAAAUGGCGACUGGUCUAAGACCUUUGGUUACAACUUCGAGACUAGCAACGUCUUCGGUCUCACCAGAGAGGGAUACAGCUACAACGGUAGUCCUUUCCUGACCAUUGCCGUGGAGAGUUCAUACGAGCCCAUUCAGGAGUCGGUCUCCUCCCUCCAUGCCCAGCUGUGGGCAGCAGGAUCAUUCGGAAUCCCCGAGGGUGAAAACGUCACAUUCACCCCUGAUAUGGUUGGUGUCUUUGAUUGGGGCUUGGCUUCCUACGCGGCCGCCGGCAAAGUCGUACCCGCAACUUCCCAGGCCUCCACUGCAAGCGAUGCCCCCGAUCGCUUCAUCAGCUACGUCUGGCUGACUGGAGAUGUUUUCGGAGGAGUUGUUGGCUUCCCAGCUGAGCAGCAAGGGUGGCAAAACACUCUGUUGACGGCUCGCGAGUUGUACAUCAAGGCUAUCCCCAACGUGGUCAACAAUGAUCUCGUUAAGGAGACUGGGUCGUGGCGUGUGGCCGCUGACUCCGACUCAGCCGGCGAGUGUGUUGAGCUCGAAACACUUGGAAUCGAGAUUGCCCGGGAGACAUACGACGCUAUGACUGCUGCCCCUAGCUUCACCGAACCAGACCAGACUAUCACCAGCGCAGGUGUUACCCCCUUCACUCGCUCCCCAGAAACUAGGUUCUUUAUUCUCGAGGCUGAGAUUAGCUUCAACAGCCGUGCUUCUGACCUCCAAGCCGGUUUCCAGAUCUUGGCCAAUGAGUUUGAGUCAACCACCAUCUAUUAUCAAUUCUCUAACGAGUCCAUCCUGAUCGAUCGCUCCCACACGAGUGCCGCUGCAGAUACCACCACCGGUAUUGAUGCGUCACCAGAAUCUGGUCGUCUUCGUCUGUUUGACAUCAAUGACAGCUGUGGCAACAAUGGCGGCAACGGGGGACACGGUGGCUCUGGUGGUCAAGGCGGCUCUGGUGGUCACGGUGGCUCUGGUGGUCACGGCGGCUCUGGAGGCCAUGGAGGCUCUGGUGGCCACGGUGGCCAGGGAGGUUACGCCGGAAAUGGUGACCACAACUGUGGUGGAAAGGGCGAGAAGGGUGACGAUCACUGCAAGUCCAACUCUGCGGCUGCCAGGGAUGUCGAAACUUCUCACUCCGCUCAAGUUGGCGAGCACAUUGAGACUCUAAGCCUGACUGUUGUUGUUGACAACUCCGUCCUGGAGGUUUACGCCAACUCCCGCUUCGUGUUGUCUACCUGGGUCCGUCCUUGGUACCAAAACUCGACUGAGAUCCGCUUCUUCCAGAACGGAGAGGGCGAAGCAUCUUACAGCAACAUUCGUGUUGCCGAUGGGUUGUACGACGCUUACCCAGACAGAGAUCAGUGA